AUGUAGAAGAUUUUAGAUAAUUGCCAAUUACAUAAAAAGGAAGGUAUUGCGGUGGAAUACUUGGUAAGAGAUGAAAACAAUUAUUUAAUAUUGUGUGAAAAUUGUUUGGCUGAGAAAGCGAAUAAGCAAGACAUAUUUUUAUUAAAAGAUGCUGAAUAAGUAUUUGAAUAAUUUAGAUCUCAAUAUUCAAGCUAAUUUGAGUAAGAGCAGAGUGAGACAAUAAUAUUAUUAAAAAAUAUGCAAGAGAUUGUUUAGAAAUUACAGAAUCAUUUUUAACAAAGAUUUGAUUAAAUAAAUCUUUAAAUAAUCGAAAGAAUAGAAUCCAUUGCUCUAAUUUUAGAAUCAAGGGUGUUGCCAUAUGGAAAUUAAGAAAAUUAGAAUGUAAAUUUAAAUAUAAAAAAUUUUGCUAAAUUAUUAAUAGAUGAAAUAUCAAGAUGCGAUAUAUUGAAGAAGACUAUUUAAGAAUAGAGUUUAAUAGAAUUUCAUAAUAUAAUAUAACAUGAAAUAAUGAGAUUAUAAUAGAAUGAUAUUUUUAAUGAGUGUCUUGACUCUUUAAUAUAGAUAGAGGAGAAAAGAAAAAUAAAAUUUAUAGAUUAUAAGGAAAUAUGUAUAGAAUAGGAGAAAGGAAGUAUUAAAGUAAGAAUAUAUUAAUAUAUUGUAAAAAGAGAACUCCGAAAUUAGAUUUGAUUUGCAAAGAGCAUGAUAAAGAGAUUAUAUUAUUUGAUUUAAAUGAGUAGUAAAAACGAGAAAAGAGGGCAAAAUGUGUUGAAUGCGAUCCAUGUCUUUUUACUUCAUUAACUAAAUGUUAGAAUAUGUGGAGUAAUUAUGAAAAAUAACAAUCAGAAAUUAUGUAUUAGUUUUAUAAAUCGAGAAAAUCAUAAAUAGGAAUAAUAAAAUAAUAGUUAUUUAACUUGAAGAGCUCUUUUAUUGAAAAAAUUCAUGGAAUAAUUUUAUAAUUGAAUGAUAUCAUGGCAUAGACAGAAUAGGAUAUUUUUAAAAGUUUAUAUAGUAUGAAUAAAGAUUGGAACACAAUGUCUUUGAAUGAAGUUUUGGAUAUUAUUGAAAUAUUAAGUAAACCAGAUGAUAUGUAAUUACAUUUGAUAGAGAUGGAAAUAAAAUAUUAAAUGGAAAAUUUAAAUAUUGAUAGUAUGUUUUAGAAUAGUAUAGAGGAGAUUAAUAAUUAAAUAAUCUAGUUAAAUUUAAGUUUUAUAUAUAAAUUAAGUGAUAAUAAGAAUAUUUAUAGAUCACCAAAAAAUAGUGACAUCAUAAAGCAAAGAUCAAAUAGUAUUAAAAGUGAUAAAAGUUAUUUUUAAAUAAAAGAAUAAAAAUCAGAUUAAAAGAUAAAGAAAUUAAAUAAUCAAAUAAAAUCAUUAGAAGAAUGGCGAAUUCUCUAAUUAAAAUGGUCUAAUGAAUAUAUUGAUUAUAAACAAUUUUAUUCUAAAAAAUAAGCUGAAUGGUGUAAUGCAAUAGCUUUUAAUAAAGAGGGUAAUAUAAUGAUAGCUGGUAGUAUAUUUACAAUAAAGAUAUUUGAUUUUUUAAAAGGUAGGAUUGUUUAAACUUAUUAAGCUUAAUAACAUACAGGUGAUAUUAAUUGUUUAUUAUUCAGUAAGAAAAUAAACUAAUUUAUUUCUGGUAGUGAUGAUAAUACUAUAAUAAUUUGGACUUAAAUUGAUUAGAAUAAAUGGAAAAGUUAGAUUUUAGAAGGACAUUAAGGUUGGGUUUUAUGUUUAACGUAGACUGAAAAUGAAUAAAUAAUAAUUUCAGGUAGUCGAGAUCAUACAAUUAGGAUAUGGGUAAAAGUUUAAGAUGAAUAUAAAUGUGAAUAAGUUUUAGAUGAUCAUUUUGAUUCAGUUUAUGGAUUAUCAUUAAAUAAAUCUGAAUAAUAUAUGGUAUCAUGUAGUUAAGACAAAUCUAUAAUAGUUUGGGAAAUAAAAGACAAAUUUAAAAUGGAGAAAAAAUAAAUUAUUGAAUAAGAUACUUAUGGUUAUAGAAUACUUUUCAUUAAUGAUAACUAAUUUUUAUGGCAACCUUAUAAUAAAAAUGUUCAUAUAUAUUAAUAUAAUUCUGAAAUACGCUGUUUUUAGGAUUGUAAUCACAAUAUUCAAUAAGUAUUAGCAGAUGAUGAUUAUCAAUAUUUUCCAUCUUAAUUUAUAUAAAGUAAAGGAGUUUUCGCUAACAUACAUAAUAAACACUUGUACAUUAUUAAAUAAAUAAAUGAAGAAGAAUUUGAUGUGAUUUAGAGAAUUGAUUUUAAUGAUUAUCGUAAAUUUGGAGCAUUUACAGAAGAUGGAGAAUAUCUGGUAACAUGGAAUUAUACAAAAAGUGAAUUUUAAAUUAGAAAAAAUGUAGGAAGUUCAAGAGUUUAAUGGUGA